CCCACCCCGCUGGCCAACAGCUGCAACCAGCCCUGUGUCACCCAGUGCCAGGACUCCACCGUCCUCAUCCAGCCCUCCCCCGUGCGCGUCACCCUGCCAGGGCCCAUCAUGACCUCCUUCCCCCAGAGCUCCGCCGUCGGAUCCGCCGCAGGGGCUGCCCUGGGCACGGAGCUCAAUGCCCAGGGACAGCCCAUCUCCGGCGCCUUUGGGGCCUUUGGCUACGGCCUCGGCUCUGCCCGUGCCUUUGGCUACGGCCUGGGAGGCCUGGGCUGCUACGGCACCAGGGGCUGCUCCAUCUGCUGAGGGUCCUUCCACCACAGCUCACACCCCCUGGACCUGCCCUUCUCCCCCUUGCACCAAUAUCUCCUGCAAGCAAAGCACCUUGGCUGACGAUCGCCCUACUGGCACCUCACACUGGAUCCCUUCCACUUGUAUCUCUUGUUUUUUCAGUCUUUU